AUGAUUGGUUAUGUAUUUGGGGUAUAUUAUUGGCAAACAUUUGUUCGAUUUCCUUGUACACCAGUGUUAAUUUCAACUACACAAAUAAAAUAUUCAUUUUAUCAUCAUUUUCAAUAUCGAACAACUCAAACAUGUCAAAAUGAAAAUUCACAAUUAUUUUUAACUAUAGCUAUAAUUUCAUCAUACGAACGUUUAUUAAUUUAUUUACCUGCAAUACUUAAUACAUGGAUAUUAACAGCAACAAUUGAUAUUGAAAUAAUUGUAUUUAUUGAAGAAAAAUCUUUGAUGACAGAAGAAGCAAUUGAAAAAAUUUUUUUUCAGUUAAAUAAAAAUACAAAUCAAUAUAUUAAAUGUUGUUUAUAUAUUGUUAAAUUAAAAAAUGUUGAAAAUAGUUAUCCACCACAAAAAAAAAGUUUCUAUGCUAUGAAAUUUAUCUAUGCAUUUUAUAGACAAAGAACAUCAUGGUUAUUACGUUUAGAUGAUAAUGCUUAUGUUAACAUUGAAGAGCUUGUUAAAUGGCUUAAAUCAAUUGAUCAUAGAAAAACUUUAUAUAUAGGGCAGGGUGGAUCUGGAAGACAAAAUGGACCACCUAUUCUUUUUCCACCAGAAAAAUAUUUUUGUAUGGGUGGAAGUGGGGUUAUACUUUCUCAAAGUACUUUAAUUCAACUUGGUCCAUGGCUUGAUCAGUGUUUAAAUAAUGAAACUCGUACUCGACAUGAAGAUGUUGAAUUAGGUCGUUGUAUACUAAAUCAUGUUCAUGUUGGUUGUGUAAGAGCUUAUAAUGCAAAGUCUUUAUUUUACCAUCAUUAUGGCUCUGGAUAUGAAUUUGGAUAUGAUUUUACACCUUCAAUUAUUUCUCAAGCAUUAAUUAUGCAUCCAAUUAAAAAUCAAAAUACAUUUCGAGAAAUAUUUAGUUUUUAUAUACGACUAAAACAAGAAAGACAAUAUUUAAAAAAUAAUAAAUCAUUAAAAAAAUCAAUGAAUAAACAAACUUAUGUAACAUUUCUAUCGAAUACAGAAUUCAAUUCUUUAAAAGAUGCAUUUUAUGAAAAGAUUGAUGUAAGAUGGAGAUCAUACAUUGAACAAGCUGUUAAAUUAUAUAUUGAGAAAACAAAAAUGAUUUGGCACACACAUUCUUCUAAUUGGACAGUAACUAAUGGUAAAUUCGUGUUCGGUUAUUAUUGUGUAAAGCCAUCAUACGGUUUAAAUGUAAUAGUUGAAGUUCGCCUAACUGCUUACCCAGUUUCUAAAAAUUCAACUAAGGCUAUUACUAUUGUAAAACGACUUCGUAUAAAUCAACCAUUUACAACUAAACAUCGUUUUGAUUAUCGCGAAAUAAAUAAUAUUCAAAUAGAUGAAAACAUUUAUCAAUUAAAUCUUAUUGUUGUUUCAAGCAAUAAAGAUGAACCAUUAUUAAGAUUAAUAAAUAAUUAUGAACGUGAAGUAUUAAGUGAUUCAUUUCGACGUGAACAUUUUACAUUAACAAUACUUUAUUUUUCUGAAAAAAAUGAAACAACUAAUCGAAUGAUUCAUCUUAUAAAUGAAUUAUCGGUCAAAUAUAUAUCAAUUAUUCGUAUAUCAAUUAUUAAUCAAAAUCAAAAUCAAAUUUCUUAUAAUCGUGGACUUGGCCGUUAUUUAGCUACAGAAUUAUUUACUAAUAAUCAAUUAUUAUUUUUUUUAGAUGUUGAUCUUUUAUUUACUGGACAAGCAUUAGAUAAUACUCGUCGUUUAAUGAUUCAUCCCUUAUCUAUAUCAUCUUGUACAGUCUAUUUUCCAAUUGUAUUUUCAUUUUUUUCAAAUAUGUCUGUUGUUGAUAAUAAUUUAAUAGUUGAUGUUAAUUCAAAACAUGGUUUAUUUUCUAUUUAUGGUUUUGGAAAUGUUGUUGUACGUAAACAAGAUUUAGAUAGAAUUGGUGGAUGGGAAACACAUAAUCGUGAUUGGGGUAUGGAAGAUGUUAAUUUAUUCGAUCGAUUUAGUCAUCCUUCAUCAAAAUGUUAUAUAUAUCGAACGGUUGAACCUGGUUUAAGACAUUACUAUCAUAAAAAAAUGUGCAAUGGAAUUAUGAAUAAAAUACGAAAAAAAAUGUGUCUCGAUGUAGAUAUCAUGCUAUAUGGAUCACAAAAUGAUAUGGUUAAUUAUUUAUUUAAUAAUAAGAAUUUGAUGCCUUAA